AUGUUCAAUUCAUUUACUUACUCUUUGCUAGUUACAAAAAACACAACGCAAACGCUAUGCGGUGCCCCUGUUUCAGACAACAGAACCCUCUUCGUCCGCCUCAACGACAUCAUGGGCACCUUAUCGGGUAUCUUCUGCCUUAUUCGAUUCCUCACGAAGCUCGGUUAUAAAGUCCCUCUCGGUAUGGACGACCUCUUUAUGCUCAUUACGAUAAUUGUCGCUAUUCCUUGCAUCGUAAUCAACUCAUAUUACCUUGCACCAGCAGGUAUGGGCACCGAUAUCUGGACCCUAACGCCGACGCAAAUAACAGAUUUUGGUUACUGGUUCUACAUCAUUUGCAUGAUGUACUUUGUUCUCCAAACACCUCUUAAAUUAACCUUGAUUUUCUUUUAUCUUCGAAUUUUUCCUAGCACUGGGGUGCGAAGGAUUCUCUGGGCAACUGUUGCCUUUACAGUUGCUUACGGCCUUACCUUUAUUCUGGUCAUUAUCUUCCAGUGUCAUCCAGUUAACCACUUCUGGUUGAAAUGGGACGGCAUGCAUGAAGGUUCAUGUAUCAGUGUAAACGGUAUUGCUUGGUCCAGCUCUGCUAUCAAUAUUGCUAUGGAUCUAUGGAUAUUGGGUGUCCCUCUUUCUCAACUGAAAAAGAUGAACCUGGAUUGGAAGAAGAAGGUUGGUAUUGGAAUGAUGUUUAGCGUCGGUGUGUUCGUUACCGUCAUGAGCAUCUUUCGUCUUUACGCCUGCGUUGUAGCCGGUCUGAGCCACACAAACAACUAUUCACAAGACUACCUCGCCAUGUCGAAAUGGUCCACCAUUGAACUUAACGUCGGUAUCUGGUGCGCCUGCAUGCCUACGCUACGCGUUCUUCUCGUUCGACUGUUUCCCAAGGUGCUCGGCACAUCAAAGAAAUACCUCCGUUACGGUAGCAAGAACACGGGGCAGCCGACGGGUGCGAAGACGGCUGGAAACAACAACAGCGACGACCACAGUAAGGGACGAAAUCGUUCAGGACCAAACCCUUUUGCUGGGGGUGCAGAACACCAUAUCGGCAAGACGGGGCAGUCGCGCGCCCGGGUCGAUCCUAUUGGAAUCACUUGCGACCGAACCUACGAGGUGGAAUACGGAAUGGCAGAUGAUGAUGAGACAUAUCUAGUGCAUUUGAAGACCAUGAAUCAUGGAUCUAAGAGCACCAACUCUUUGCCGCGGUCUGAAGACUCGGUAUAG